AUGAGUAAUCAGCCAUGGCUGGAAAGCCUUUCAGACGACUGGGUGUCGUUGCCAGGGACUCCCACCAGUCCUGGGCCCCCUCGCUCACCUAUCAACAACCACUCCCGCCGUUCUAGUCUACAGACCACACCCAGCCGCAUUCCUAUCCCCGCGCGCCGCUCAGUCGAACCCUCUCCAUUGUCCGAUUCAAAGAAGAAAGUCCCGCGACCGUGCCAUCACAUCAGAAGAGAGCUCCCGACCCCCAAGACCCCGCGCACCCCAAAGACACCUUCCAAACCGAGAUCGCCCUACCCGAACAUCGUAAAUACCAAGCCGAACCCGCCUCCUGGGCCCUAUAAACAAUCCGUCAUGGACGGGAGAUCGCCUUUGCGAUCGGUUUCCAACGCGUCGAGCCAACCCGAACAAGAGGGCACCGUGCAGAUCAAACCGAAGAAGGAGAAAGGCAAGCAGGGCACCCCAGAGUGGCGGAAGAGGUUGGUAAAUGGCGAUAUACCUGCAGGCGACCAACGCGAUCUGUUCGCGCCUAUCGGGCUGGAAAGCGUCUUCAAGCCCCCGUCGCCGGGUUCGCCGCUGGCAGGGAGCACACCGAUACCGCGGAUGAAGCAACCAGAUGAUCGUUGGAACUUUAGCGCCAGCUCUGCGGCAGAAAAGAAAGGGAAACCUCCGGGGCAGGUCUCAAGGAGUAGCCGUGGAAGUGCGCGCACGGCAUCCGGGAAGUCAGCUAAGCAAGGGUCGCGUACCGUGGAACGAGACGGCAAACAAACAACAAAGUCGCGAAACGAAGAAUCGCAAUUAAAGAAACCCGCGGCGCACUUAUCACCACACAUGGCCGAAGGUCAGGGUGACUCAACGGAUACCGCGCAGAUGCGGUCUGCCAGCGGCCUGGAGGACUUGCGGAAUGAAGAUAUAACCCCCAUCACUUUCUCCCGGACAAACACAGUGGAUGGUGAGGGCACGGCCGAAAUCAUCAAGUCCGCUUUGAAGCAAGUUACUACAAAACUAGAGAAGCUACAGCUGGCGCCAGUGGAUCGCCCUGUCUCUAGAGCGAGCGAUAGUCUUUUAAUGAGUCAACAUAACGAUAUUAUUGUUGAAGCCGCCGCUGAAGAUGAUCUUUUUGACGUCACGAGUCACUCUCUUCCCCAGGAUCUGUCAAUGGGGACAUUGGAUUAUAGGGGCCGAAGCGCCUUCACAAGUCUGCAAGGAGAUUCAUUUGCGGAUGAGCGCUCCUCCCAAAAAGACCAGCUCUCUCCUGCAGGAUUUCCUUCCCAUCGCCUUACGCCGUUCAUUCGUCCCAGUACGAGGAUUCGAAGCUCGCCUCCUUUCUAUAAUAAAAGCAAUGCACAAAAUGACCCGCUCUCAUUACCGCGGCCUUCCUCCGCCCAUGUCGGAACGUCAUCGAACAAGAUUGGAGAUAUGCCCUCCUCCGGGAGCCCCCUGAAGCUGUUUGCGAAUCACGAUACAUUCACAAAUAACAAACUACUUCGACGGAUGAGCCAGUUUGAAGAGACUCUUGGGGAGGAUUCGGACGAGGACGAGCCAGUCUCGCCGUCAGAGGAAGCCGGCCGCAAACGCGAGAAUCGAAGCUUCCUGCACCCUGGCGAACGUAUCGGACGGCGACACGAGCGUUCGAGGUCUCGAAACACCCAGACUCCCCGCAUAAAUCGCUUUGGGGAAGGCCAGUUGGAUAACUUUGACUUUUCCGAUGCUAGCCCCUUUGAUGCGCAAUUCCUCAAUACCGAUUCCCCAGAACCCGACGUUUCUCCGCCCGGUUACUUGUUAGCUUCUGGAGGAAGAGCCCAAAAGGGGCGUUCGUACAGGCAGACCAGUGGCGAAUCCCAAGCGUUCAGCUCUCUAUCUUUCAAGCAGAACAGCACGGACUUGACAGGCCUGCGGGCUACCCGGCCAAGGAUCAAGACCACGCCUAGUAGCCCUGUCAAAGAUCCUACGCCAAAGAGGCGGAGAAUGGCCAGGCAAUUCAACGGCUCUAUGCUAGGUGAUGCAACCAUCGAGGAUAGCGAAGGCACCGACGACCUGUCCUUGCUUCAACGGAGCCUGAUGCAACAUGGAUUGAGAUACAGUGAGAACGAAGAAGAAGGAUUUUCAGAAUCUGCAAACCGCCCACGGACCCCUACACCGCACCAAACAGGGUCUUUCGAACGAAGACAACCAUCACCAGAUCGGCGAAGAGAGCAGCUAGAGCCUGAUGGCCACGAUUAUUCCCUCUCACCACUUGCCCAGAAUAUGCCCAAUGCCAUCGGACGACAAGGAAAUGAAGAAGUCCGCAGGGGAUCCAUCACCACUCAAGAUUUUCUCAAUGAGGCGACUAAGGUUAUGAACUUCAUACGCUCCAAAGGCACAGCCAAGAGCAGUUUAUCCAGGGUGGAUGAAACCGAUACCGAAGAGCACGACGGCAAUGAGAGCUACGAAGAGGAGUCAACCCUCGAAGAGUUCUCGCGACCUCCCAGCAGAGAAGGCGGUGAUUUGCGCAGGUUGCGAGAGCCUCAAGAACCCAACCCAAGAAUCUUGAAUCACUUGAAGAAGUUCCAGGAGAAUGACGAAUUAGAAUUUGGUGUUAGUGGUUCUGUCACAUCCCUUCAUCUGGGAGGCAAUGACAGUGAGCGUGGAGACUCAGAUAAGCAUCGGAAGCGCAAACUUCCUGCACCGCCACCAACUCAAGAAGAUGACCUGUACGAUUUCCUGCGGCUCAACACCGAGACCUCGUCAAAAAACUUCAGUGCUCGCUCGGUUCAGACUGGCUCUUCACAGGGCUCACACGCUAAAGGUGUUUUAUCUUCCGAUAUUGUGUCUCACCUGAUUCCAGAACAGGUGAAUGGAUUUACCUACGACCGUCUUAAACAUUUGUGGGUGAAGGAGGAUGAAAGAAAGUCUCGUUCUAGUCAGCAAUACAAGAACAGUGAUGAGGAUCCUUUUAAAGAUAUCCCCGACCUCAGCGUUGACGAGAUGGAUGAAAUGAUGAGGACUGAAAAAGCUAGUUAUCCGCGGAAGGAAAAGGACUCAGCCCAUGCCGAAGAAACCGAACCCCGCGGAGCAGAGAUUGCCGGGACUGACGGUAAAGCCUCGGACCCUGUACUCGAAGAUGCAGCAGCAGCACCGUCGGUCAAUCUCAGCUCUCUCCAGUCUGGAGUUAGCCGGUCGAGCACAACCAACCCUACUUCGGGCACCAGAGAAACGUCAUGGGGAACUGAAGUACCUAAGAGCACGACGUCUUCACAUGACAUUGAGCACGAAAUCAAGCUGCAUGAAGGUCGCCUGUCUAAAUCCCCUCACCUGGCAAGAAAGCCGGCCCACCAAGCCCGUGUUGUUACCAUAAGCUUUUCCUCCCCGCUCGUCUCUCAAAUCGAGUACAGCGAUGAUGAUAGCCCUUCCAAGCUCCGAAGGAUCGCGAUUGCCGCACAGGCGCAAGCCGCGGCCGCAGAGAAUUCUGCGUUGCAAUCUUUCAAUCAUGAGCAGGAGUUCCCCCGGCGCUCUAUCUCAAAGAUCGACGAGCAGAACGAGGAUACAGCUGAGGGCCACAGUUUGAUCCGGAGGGCUACACAAGAGCUUGAGCCCGUCUCACCCGAAAGAAAUGUGGACGCCUCGCUCGCCUACGUUCAAGAACAUGGAUUGGACACCAGCUAUUCCUUCCAUCUCAGUCCACUUCCUGACUUCACAGUCAAUCAAAUCGACCAGCCAUCACAGCUUGAUAUAAGCUAUGUUGCUCAACGCACACACCCGACGUCAUUGCGUCAAAUCCACGGGACCUUUGCUUUGGCAACAGAGGAUUUGAUCAAACACAUCACCGAAGCCGAACCGUGUGAGCCUUACUGGGAGCAUCUUCGUCGCUUGGUCAUGCGUCGCAAAGGACUCAUGACUCUCCAUAAGCUCAGCGACUUUUGUCCGCGUUUGGAAGAACUGGAUGUGUCGGAGAAUGAUAUCGGCCAGCUGAGCGGCGUUCCUUCAACAGUGAGGAACUUGAGGAUCCAAAACAACUGCCUCUCAAAUCUUACUGCAUGGGGUCACCUGGGGAACUUACAGUAUCUGGAUAUCUCGGGAAAUGAACUGGAAAACCUCGACGCCGUCAGUGGGCUGAUUCAUCUCAGAGAAUUGAUAGCGGACAAUAACAACAUCCGGCAUAUUGAGGGAAUCUUCGGACUGAACGGACUUUUGACCUUGAAGCUGAGAAAUAACCGCUUGGAUUCCAUCGAUUUCAACACAGCGGAACUGACUCGCUUGAGCGAACUAGACCUGAGCCAUAAUGGGCUGACGUCCAUUAGGAACAUCCAUAACCUUUCGACUCUUUCCCAACUAGACCUGAGCAGCAAUCGCUUGGAAUCAGCACCAUUCUCCUCCCCGUUAACCAUGUUGCGAGCUUUGAAGCUAUCCGAUAACCGCCUACGCAGUCUCGAUGUUGGGCUAUUUCCCGCGCUUAUUCUUCUCUACGUGGACCAGAACUGUUUGUCCACCCUUUCAGGCCUCGAUAAUACCCGGGACUUGGAAGUAUUAUCCGCACGAGAGCAGGAAAUCCCUGGCAAAGAGUUCUUUGAUCUGGACCUUGGCAUGGUGAAGGACAUUAGGAAGGUGUACCUUUCCUCGAAUAAGCUCUCGCCACAAGCACUUUCACCAUCUGCGCCUCUUCUCAGUUUGCAGCUUCUCGACAUCGCGACCUGCCGAUUGAAAGAGCUCCCUAUAGACUUCGCCGCAAAGUUUCCUAACAUCAAGGUUCUUAACCUUAACUUCAAUUCGCUGGAGGGGGUUAACGAGCUGCUCGGCAUGAAUUGCCUUUCGCGGCUAACUGUCGCUGGCAACUCCAUUUCCCGCCUUCGAAGGAUCUGUCAAGUCCUGAGUCGGAUUGGGCGCACACGCAAAUCGAAUACUUGCACGCUCCAAAAAGUUGACAUCCGACACAAUCCCCUCACUGUCCGAUUCUAUCCACCUGCCAUAACGGGGAACGGCAAGCAACAUACCCAGAAACUGAUCUCAAACGAGAAAGCACGUUCUAGGAACAGCCAGGGUCUGGAUUUAGACAUGCCUCUCAUGGCGCAGCUCGACCGCGAUGGCCAACUGCUUCCGAUUGAAGACGAAGACGAUGAAGGUGGAACACACCCCGACCCCGAAAUAAACGACCCAUAUACUCUCCCUCCAGCAGAUCUGUUGUUGGAUCAAAAGCAUCUAGCCCACCUGGAUCAAGCGACUAGACUCAAACGUAGAGUCUUUGAGCUUAUGCUCUAUGCAGGCACAGGUGGCGCAAUAAAAUACCUCGAUGGGCUGGAAUUCCGACCAGCACUUGAGCCAGGCUCAGAUAUGAACCAGGCUUGGGCUAGACUCGAACAACUCGGUGUUCUCAAGAAGAAGGCAAUCACUGGUUGA